AUGGCACAGUUGCUCUCGGAUUCCAGCAAAGGUGAAAUAUUGGCAGCAGAGUUUGAAAAAGUCUAUGUCAAGCGUUGUGCUCCAGAAUCUUUUACGUCGCUUCACGAUAGCAUUACACCUAUGGAUGAUUCCGUUUCGUUUACUCGCUAUACAAUUCUGGAGCAAAUCAGCAAGUGGUCUAGUGGCUCCUCAUAUACCCCCGAUGGAAUCCCUUUUGUCUUCAUCAAAAAAACUGCUGCUAGUUUAUCAACUCCACUGGAAUUUCUGUAUAACUUGAUGAAGGAAGCCCCGUUUUGUGAUCCGAAUAAUUACCGAUCUGUUAGUAUCACCUCGAUAUGUUGCAGUUCGAAAAAAUUCUCAAAGGGGGUCAUUGUCCAUCACUUAGAGACGAAACAAAUUCUAUCCAGACAUCAGCAUGGGUUUAAGUUAGAAGCACUAAAUGACUGGACAGCUGUGCUUGACGUUAGAAAUAACCUUGAUGUCAUCUAUUUUGAUUUUCAAAAAGCUUUCGACAAAGUUAUCCAUCCUAUUUUGCUCCAAAAACUUGUGCAAGUGGGCAUUCACGAGAGAAUCAUCAAAUGGAUAAAGAAUUCUUGA